CAGUAACGUUAUGAAACAUGACGAUAGAUUACAUGACCUUUCACACUGCAUGGAGACAGACUGGCUACUGAACCAGCACAACCCAGCGGACGUGCUGUGGCUGCGGUCGAGUGGAAAAAAUUCUCCUCUCAUUCCUUGUGGAAGUGCAGCAACCAAUGGACGCACGCUUGGCAAGGAGGGGUUACCUUUCCUAGUGCUGUGGAGGAGGCUGAAACAAGCCCGGGGGGGCCGCUUCCUCAUGACAUCACGUGGGUGCACAAUGACUGUAACUUUGAUCGACAGAAGCUUGACUUGCUAAUUCACAUUCGUUUGUGCGGCCGUCGGUUAUUCACGGAGUGUGGUUUCAGCUUAUGCAGAUUUUCCUUUAAACUCACGUUAACAAGUCCUGCAUGAUGAUGAUAAGUAGCAUUACGUGGUCAUGUGUUGUGCAUGGGCAGCUAUUAAGCUGCUUUGACAUUAAAGCAACCAGUUUUGAGGUACGCUCUAUGGCAACUGUAGUGUUGCCCACGUUUUUGCAGCUGGAACAACUUCCUGGAUCUUUCCCUACUUAAGUAUCAACCACAAAGGCUCAGGCGAUUAGCACCACCCAGUGAGGAGGCCCGGCGUCCGAUUCCACACUGACCUACAAGCCUCUUGGCCGCUGGAGACCAAACAUGGACGAGCAGCAGGACAGCAGGAGACCCAAAGGCCUCGGACGCAGCUCAGGCUGGGGUCACAUCACCCUGCUAGACAAAACCAAGGAGUUCUUCCAGACGUGCGACGUGGAAGGCAAAGGCUUCAUCACGCGUACCGACAUGAGGAGGCUCCACAGGGAGCUGCUGCUGUCUGCUGAGGAGCUGGAGGACGUCUUUGACUCUCUGGAUGCGGAGCGCGCUGGAUACCUCACGCUGGAUGCCUUCUCCUCUGGAUUCAGUCAGUUCCUUCAAGGCCGGAGGAUUUCGGUGCCCGAUGAGCCCAACCAGGCCCCCAGUUCAGGGUUGAGAACCAAGGAGGCCCUCUACCAGAGCCAAUGGGAAGCCAAGCUGUCGGGCGGCGAGGACGAGGAGGAGCACUUCUGCAUGCUGCUGGAGAGCUUGGGAGCAAGUCAUGUUUUUGAGGACCCGGACGAGGUGCGCAGUCUGUGGGCCCAACUCAGACGGGACGAGCCUCACCUGCUGUCCAACUUUGAGGAGUUCCUGGCCAGGGUCACCCAUCAGAUCAAGGAGGCCCACCAGGAGAAGCGGGAGAUGGAGAGCGCCCUCCAGAGGAAGGCGGCGACGCACGACAGCGAGAUCCGACACCUGUACGAGGAGAUGGAGGCACAGAUCAAAACGGAGAAAGACAGACUUCUGCUGAAGGACUCUGAGCGCCUCCAGUGGCGAAGCCAGGACUUGGAGCACCAGCUGUCUUCCAAGGAGAAGGAGCUGGAGCAGCUCUUCCAGAAGCAGAUGAGGGUUAGUGACGGCUUCUGUUUAACAUCACAUGGUUGGUGUUGGCUUGUUUGGUCCCCUCUCCAGUUGGAGCUACAGUGCCGCGAGCUGAACAGCGAGAAGCAGGAGAGCCACGUGGAGAACGUCAAGCUGAAGAUGACUAACGACGAGCUGUCACGAGCGCUGGAGACCACCAGCCAGGAGCUGCUGGUCGCCCAGGAGCAACUGGCCGUGCUGCAGGAGCAGGCGGCCCGGCUGCACCAGGAGAAAGAGAUGGAAAUGUACCGAGUCACAGAAGGGCUCCAGAGAGAGAAGCAGAGCCUCAUGAAGCAGCUUGACCUCCUCAGGUACAUCCGUACAGAAAAAACUCCUUCUUUUAGGUGCCAGAAAGUUCUUUUCUUUCUCGUCAAUCCUCCCAGGGAGAUGAACAAACACCUGAAGGAUGAGCGGGACAUAUGCAGUAGAGUGCCGAGAACAUCCCUGAGGAAGAAGCAGAAGCAGAGAGCCGGCCUGGCCGACGCGUUUGACAAGAGCCAGCCUGCCAAAAGAUCCCCUGUGGUGCUGGAGGGCUCCUACCAAUCUCUGGAGGCCUUGCCUGUAGAGCACCUUCAAAUCGUCUUUGUUGCUUCCUCCUCCUGUAGUGAGGACGACGCCGCCGCCAUCACCCCCUCCGGGGUGAAGAAGAGCGUGGAAUUGCCCAACGGCUAUGUGGCCCCCGCCCCACCUAAAGUUCACAACGUGCGGGCCAAAGCCAAGAAGGCCAUCGCCAGGUCCUCCAGCUUGAGGAGGAGUGCCAAGGAGCGGGCCAAGAGGCCGGAGGCGGAGAGGAAGGUGGACGUCGGCGAUGAGGUGUUGGAUGUGCCCCCGGGCGGGUGGCCCCUCAGGCGGGUCAUCUCCAUCGAAGAGGACCACCUGCCCCACCUCCUCCAAGGUGGACCCCAACUGUUGCUGCACCAGCUCAGCGAGGAGGAAGACGUGGAGGAAGUGCAGAACGAUUUGGACGCCACCACACAAGCGCGGAAGCUCCAGUUAUUCCGUCCAAAAAAGACCCCCAUGUCGCCACGGGGGCAACCUGUGGGGAAGGAGACCCAGCAUGCAGAAGAGACGCCCUUGCUCGGCCCGAGCCGCCUCUUUAAGGUGGUCCUGGUCGGAAACUCCAGCGUGGGCAAGACCUCUCUUCUGCGCUCCUUCUGCGAGGGACAUUUCCACCCGUCCACUCCGGCUACUGUGGGGAUUGACUUCAGCGUGAAGACCUUAACCCUCAACAACAUGCAGGUAGCCAUGCAGCUGUGGGACACGGCAGGUCAAGAGAGGUACCGCAGCAUCACCAAGCAGUUCUUUCGCAAGGCCGAUGGCGUGGUGGUGAUGUACGACGUCACGCUGGAGGAGAGCUUCAAGGCCGUGAGACCCUGGCUCGCCAACGUCAAGGACGCUGCGGGGGAAGGGGUCCAGAUCCUGCUGCUAGGCAACAAGAUGGACAUGGACGGAGACAGGGAGGUGUCCUUCAAAGAGGCAGAACAACUGGCUCAGGAGAAGAAGGUGAUGUUCUACGAGGUCAGCGCCUACACGAGCAAGAACGUGACCGAGUCCCUCACCCACCUGGCCAGAGUGUUGAUGGAGCAAGAGGACAGGGUGAGAGACACCACUGUCCUACUGAGCGCUCAGCCCUUAAAGAAGAAAGCCUGCUGCCAGUGAACACACCUUCAUGGAGGUCUGCUAUUCUGUUACACAUUUAGCAAGGACACCCCCUUUGGAUCGCAGCAAACUGCACGUUCACGCUCAGUUCUGUUGGGGGUUUUUUGGGAGGAGGGGAGCGGUCAAAAAACGUCGCCUUUCAAAGUGUGAGGCAGAGGACUUGGGAGGACUUGACUCAGCAGCUUGAGAAAAAUGAAGAAAAGCACGCGUUGAAAGUUUGUUUUGGCUUGUAGAAGCGCUGCUUUCACGGUGUGAGAUGGAGGACUUCACGGCAGGCGUGCCAGCUUGAGACAAAUCAAGAAAAAAAGCUUUCUCAUCCCAUAGAUUUCAUUGCCAAUCAUUUCUUUUGUAUAUUAAACAAAUAUUUGAAAUACAAGAGAAGCAUUUUUUCUCGACAACAAUAAAUUACAAACAUAUUCUUAGAAAGUUAAAACAUUUUUUUCCUGCCAAAAUCAAGAACCCCAGCCUAUAUUCCUUAUUAUUCUUUAUUUUUCUGCGGCUGCUGAAGGCCUCUCUCUGCCUCAAGUGUUGAAAAGCGCAGUUCUCCAGUGACAAAUGCUAUGAUAUGCUGUGAUGUAUUCCUGGCUUUCUGCAUGAAAUUGCAGGGGGCGCUGUAGUUAGGUUGAAGUGAAACAAGAUCAUGUCCACCGAUCCCUCCUUCAUCGCCGUUAUUUGCUUCCAGACCCGAGCGUGAUCAGUGAGCUUUUGCUAUUAUUUCUGUAGUUAUGGCAUAGAAAACCUUCAUUAUUAGAGCCCUCAAGGCGUGAAAUAACACCCCUAUAGUCGCCUUGACAUUUUUAUUAGCCAAUAUAGUCGUUUUGAUUCCGGUUCCUCGCAAUUCAAAUCUUGAAAAAUGCUUCAUUUAGGCCAAGAAUAAGAACAAUUUGCUUAAAUACACAAAUUUUUACUAAAAAUAGGCCCUAGUCAACCAUGACACAUCCAUCCUUAUUGAAUAACUUUUGGGAUAAACGGGGAUAUUGCGAGGGACGACUGUACUUUGUUAUUGCUCGUGGCAAGCGCCAAUCAUCUCCACUUGCGGUGUCAUGACGUUUUAUAACGAUGCCAGCAGUAAUAAAAGCAUGAAUGCAGCAAAUGGCACGCUGAGUUUUAUUCACCACUUUGAGCUUCACUAAACAUUUACUUUUCAGGUCUCUCGUAACCAAGCAAAAGCCUUCUUCUCAUGCAAGCACAAAUACGCCACAAAGUCAAACGUCAACGUCGCCCUCGGCCACGUUCCAUUAGCUGCAUAAGAACAGCGCAUUCGUGAGGAAGUCAAGUUGAUUGAGGACUUUACAUUCAUGGUUUGUGUUAUUGCUGAUGCUGAAGACAUCACGUAGGCGGGAUCGGAUGGCAUCCGGCGUGAUGCUCGCCCUUGCCACAGGCCGUGCGGCCUGGUUGAGGGUAGUUUUGUGUGCCCGGCUGUCCCUUAACGCAUCUUAUAGUCGUGGGAGAUGGCGGCCUCGCAGAGCUGUCCCUUGAAGUCCAGCUCCAGUGUGAACUCCAGGUCUCGCUGCGGAGGUGCAGCCAAGAACACAAAGCGUCAGCUGGCGCAGGAGGACGCUUUUUAAGGUGCAUUGACGCUUUUUUCUUACCACAUUCUUCUCAUUGGGCCUGACGGCGAUGCUGCCGAGUAUCUCCUCGCCUUUCUUCACAGUCAGGUAGUCCUCCAAGUAGAACACCGUCUGCUUCCAGUGCGUGCUCACAGCGUCUGGAGCUGUCGGCGGGAGACCAAAGAACAGAGCUUGAGAGGAAGGGAGCGGUUCUAGACGACGUGUGAGCGUGGAGGACAUCACCCAGAUGUUAGCUGUGGUCAUCCUCAGCCUCGGGGCCCAACAGUAGGAGCCAAACAUAGAAGCUCCUCUCCAGCAUAUUAUGUAAGCGUUAACGUGUGAACAUUAGCUUACAUAAGAGCCAGUCAUACAGCGCACUUCCUCUGCACGCCAUGCUGAGACGCACGCAGCCCCGGCGAAGUGUUGGCUGUGUACUGUAAGCCACAACAUUAGGUACACCUGCCUUCUAAGCCUUCUAGCCACGUCUUCUUCACCAGGGACUGAACAUCAAUCAGUUUGGUUCUUGACAUCGCUUACCUUAGCUCAGCACCGUGAAAAAUGACAUUUUUCAUGCGGAGGAUGUCAACGGAGGUGCCGCAGUUUGAGAAAAAUAAAGAAAAACACACUUUUGGGGGUCGAAGAGCAGCAAUUUUCAAAGUGUCAGCAGGAGGACGUCAGGGCAGGUGGAGCAGCUUGAGAAAAAUUAAGAAAACAGCUUUUUUUUUCUGGGGGGGGGUGUCUGGGUUAAAGAACGGCUGUUUUAAACGUUUGAGGGCAUCAGGGGAGGUGCAGCAGCUUAAGAAAAAUGAAGAACGUUAAUUGUCAGUUUCUUUCCCGUUGAGGAACAGUGGUUGUCCAAGUGUAAAGAGGAGAAGGUGCAGCAGCUUGAGAAAAAGGAAGAAAAACACGUUAUUUUCUGUAUUUUACAAGGUUGAAGCAGGAGGACCUCAAGGGAGGCGCAGCAGCUUAAGAAAAAUAAGAAAAGCUUUUUUAGGGAGGUGGGGUUGAACAACAGCUGUUUUCAAAACGUAAGGAGGACUUCAGGGCAGGUGUAGCAGCUUGAGAGUAAUGAAGAAAAACACAUUGUUGUGUUGUGUUUUGUUUUGUUUAAGGCGGACACCUCCCGCUGUCGUUCAACAACAAACGCUACGAUAUGCAUGAUGCAGUCUUCUGCAAUUCUCCAUCCUUGGAUGGUGCAGGUGUAUCUGAUGAGGCGUUCCGAGUGGCGUAGCGCCUCCUCACCUGUGGAGAAGCCCGUCUUCUUGUGACACUUGGUGAACUCGAUGGUGAAGUAGGUGACCAGCGCGUGCACGUAGUCGUUGCGUUGGAUCUGCAGGCAGAACGCCGACGUGAAGGAGAGGUCGUCUGGCUUCACUGUGUAGAUGUCCACUUCCUGUUGUGUGUGUGUGUAUGGGGGGGGGGUAGCAAAAAAAACAAAAACACGUCAUCUUGCUUUGCUUUCAUUUCUUUGUGAAGUUAACACUCCCACCCUCACACACGCACACACAUGUACGUGUUUACCAUAUCUUGCAGGAUUAUUAUUCACUUGUGUGUGUGUGUGUGUGUGUGUGUGUGUGUGUGUGUGUGCGCGUUUGUGUGUGUGUGUGUGUGUGUGUGUGUGUGUGUGUGUGUGAAAGCCCACAGGUUGAAUCACGGCUGGCUAACGAGCACCCGCUCACACUACACAUGCUGUGUGGGUGUGUUCAGGAUCACACACGAAGCUGUGCGUGUGUCACAUGAAUAUCAGUCCUGCCUUUACGAGGAUGAAUAACGCUCAUUUUGAUUUCAUCGGGGGGUCGUGACCUUUAGCAGGCAGGCGCUGGUGACCACCUGCUUGGGGUCCACCACGUCCACCAGAGGCUCCUUGAUGGCCACGUUGCGAAUGCAGCUCAUGUCAAAGCCAUACACGUUCUCCCACCCUGUACACAAACACAGCUAAGGUACAUUAUUUGGACAAAAACACACAAAGCAGACAAAAGCAGAAGAACUCACAGUGGAUCUUAAAGUCUUUAUACUGCCUGUCCUCAAUGGCCACCACGUAAAGAGCAGCACGGUCGGGGAACAUCAGGCCUCCAUGUUUCUGAGAACGACAAGAACUUCAGCACACAGAAGGCAACAGCAGGGCCGGAACCGGAUAUUUUUCAUUGGGGUGUCCAAGGUGAGACCAUUACUCCCAUAGGGGUGGCAAUAAGUUGAUACCUCAAUUGUCUAGAUGGCCCGUGGGCUGGCCAUGCCCCCCCCACUCGUAGCUCCGCCACUGCCUUUGCAUCUAUCAGUGU